AUGGAAAGUAAUGUUUUUGAUUUUCCGGACAAUCAAAUCUGUAUUCCUGAACCCAGUGAUUUUACAUCGGAAAAUAAAGAAAAUGAUGUGGAUGAUCCUGUAAGCGUUUAUUUUAAAAAAAGAUGUAGGAACUCCGCUAAAGCUUUUUUAAACAAAUACUCUGAAACCGAUAGUGAUUCUUCAAUAGGAGUGAUAGACUUAGACAAUAUUUCUCUUUUUGGUGAAUUUGAUGAACCAGAGCCUGAUGAUUUAAAACUUUUGAGAAAUUCAUAUCCUCUUUUAGAAAAACCUGACAGUAGUAAGAAAAAUGGGAGCAGUAAACAUUCAGAAGUAUCUUCAAAGCUGUCUCUCGAUCCAAAAAGUUUACUCGAUAAGCAAAGAGCCUUGGCUCAAAAAGCGUUAAUGAAAGUUUUUAAUCAAAAUAAUGAUGUCACAAAUGAAACAACAAAUUUUGAAACCACUAGAAACAGUCAUGUUUUAGUUGAUGUUUCACAUAAACUAAAUACUGACAAACCAUUAAAUAAAGAUUUAGAAAAAAAAUGGUUUAAUCCGAAUUUUAGCCCCGAUACUCCUAGAUGUUUUAAUGAUGAAUUAAAUUCAUUUAACACAAAUGAUUUUUUAAUGACAAAUCAAAACAAAAACAAUGAUUCUUAUGAAACUGCAUCAAAUGCAGAUAAAAUCAGACAAUCACAGUAUAAAAAAAAACUAAAUAGUCUUAUAAAUGAUUUUAAUAAGUGCAGCAUAAAUUCUAAUUGGACGUUCGAAAGUCAAACUACAGAAGAUCAAAUCAAUAGAUUAGAGGAAGAUGAAAGACAAUUUAAGCUUGAAAAUUCUGCCUUACUUCAUAAUAGUAACAUAUCCCAAUUUUCAGGAAUAGCAGAUGCUUCUCAUUGGCCUUUUGGAGAAUUAAACAGUAAAGAAGAGGAAAUCAAUAAGUUAUCAAUUGGGGAGUUUUUUAAUAAAAGAUCUGAUAGAAUUAGUUCCUUGCUGGGUUCAUCAAAAAUUAGUGAUAAAUAUAAACAGUUUCUUUUAACAUCUGUAGAUGAAACUCAGAAUUCUGUUAAUCCCGAGUCGAAAAUACUUGGUUCAAAUAUAAAAAAAUCAGAUAAAAUUAUGCCACGUAGAUGCUUCUCAACUUAUGACACAAAAACAGCAUCGGAAAGUUUUAAAGCCAACAGGAUUUCAAGCGAUUCAAAUGCCAGUAACAGUACCUUGUUUAUUCAAAACAUUAUAGCGGAAAUGGAACCUGGAUUAACGGGCACCCAAAUUUAUGAAAAGUUAAUCAAAACCUACGGAACAAAAAAUAUCGCGGAGAAAGAAAACAAUAAUAAACCCUUAACCAAACAAUUUCAUGAAAAUAACGAAACUCCGAAAAGUUCAAAAAAUCAAAAAAAAAAUGAAGAUUGUAAAUCGUCGUUAAAUGACGAAUUUAAUAGCAAUUCAAAAAAAGAACCGAAAAAUUUUAAUGCUCUUCUUGAUACGUCUAAAUCAUCACAGUCUCUGAAUAGUAAUUUCGAUAAUAGCAGACCGAUUCAUUUACGAAGUGAUUUAAAUGCUGAUCAAAGUAUUUCCAUUUUGAGACAUGAAAAAAUAAAAAGCUUAAAAGGAAAAAAAGGUUUUGACGCUUCCACUCCGAAAAUGAGACAUUUGAAAUCGCAAGAUGACAAAUUUCAAACCGCAUGCAAUGAAGUUAAAAUGCAAGAAAAUGACUGGGAAGCCCCGAAAGUCAGCUUCAUACAACCUACUCCCGGCUUUAAAAGCGAAGAUGUUGAUGAUAAUGAAAAAACUUUAACGAUUAGUUUAAAUUCAAUUUCGAGUUCGGAAUCAAACAGGAAAAAUAGUACAAUUAUUGUGAACGAUAAUGAUGCAAUCGAAGGUACCAUUGUGGCCGGAGACCUAACAAUUUUAUCCAAAAGAAUAGAAGAAAUGAAAGAAGAUGGAGUUUGUAUUGUAAGAUCUGAAGAACCCGUAUUGCUUUCGGUCGUUCAAAAGUUGGCCGGUUUUCCAAAAGGAAGCGUUGAUUGUUCAGCUUUAACUCCAUUGAUUCGAGAUCAAUUUCCAGAGUUGUUAUCCGCAUAUUCCGCGCCACUUACCGAAGAGAAUUCCGUCAUUUCUAGUUUGGAAAAGUCCGAAGCCUCGCUUUUUUCUGAACCUAAUUCGUGGGUAAAAUUUCCUAAUCAGAUGGGCUACAAGAAAAAAAUAUACGCGUUUGUGGAAGUGAAAAAAGAAAUAUUUGUUCCUUUAAUGAACACUUCUAAAAAUUGGCUAUUCGUUUCAAUUAAUUCUGUCACAUUGUUCGGAUCCAACGGUCAUAAAUUUCAAGGAGCGAAAAAAAAUGGCGUAUGGAACACUUGCGAUUUUGCUUUUCUGUCGAUGAAAGACACCGUCAUACCUCCAGGGACAAAAACUGAUUUUCUAUUGACUUUUUCAUUUAAACAAUUUUUCGGGAAAAGCAUUCAAACGAGGGAUUUAGAAUUAAGAGUGAAUAAUGUCAAUCCGGUAAACAGUUUGAACAUCAUCCCUAAGGAUAUGAUUAAUUUCGGACAUAUUGCCGAUCAAUGUUUCGAUCAAAGAACCAUUCAAAUAACUUUUGAUGGAAUAUCCGAAUUACCUUUCGUACAAGAAGUGACGAAUCAAAAAUUUAGUUUUUUUUUUAAAAAAGGAGAAAAACAACAUUUGGAUUUUGUUGUCGUUUUUCAACCGAACGUUCAUUUGAACAGUAAAGAUAAAAAAAUAGAUUUUAAAGGAAAUUUAAUAAUAAGAUUGGGAACGGAUACGGAAUCCGAUGGAAUAUUAGAAACGAUACCGAUAAAAGGUUCCGUGAGUUCACCAAAAUUUUUCAUGUUUUCAUCAUGUUCGCCAUUUGUUUUCAAAUUAUCGGAAAGAGGAAAAUCGUUGUUUCCUUUGAAAAAUGUCGGACAAUUACCCAUCACUUUUUCGAUAAAAGUUCAAAACGAAGAAAGUAAAAAAGAAGAAAACGAUGGGAUUUUUAUUGUACCGAAAUCAUUUUAUUUACCCGCAGGAGAAGAAUCGGCCGUGAGCAUAACAUUUAAUUCGAAAAUGAAAGAAAAUUCGAUAAAAAGAUUAUUGAUUUUUACAUUAAAACCCAACGGUCGAGUACAUUACGAAGUUGAAUUAAUCGGUCUAGUCAGUCCCAGCGUGAUAAGCAGAUCGAUAUCCGGUUUGUCAAAUUGUAGCGAAUUAACGAAAUCAUUUUCAAAUACCGAAUCGGUACCCAUAAAAUUACUCACGACAAUGCAAUCGUUAAGUUGGUUAUCGGUUCCCCUCGAUAAUGAAAUAAGGCAAACGUUUUAUUUGAAAAAUGCAUCCGAUAUAACCUGUAAAGCUCGGAUAUCAUUUAAAAACGAUUCAGAAUCAUUUAAGUUAAUUAAUGAAAAUGGAGAAAAAGUAAGAAAAAUGUUAAAAGUUUUAAAACCCAACAUUCCGUAUUUAUUAACAAUAUCUUUUCGUCCGGAUUUCACAGGACCACAUCACAACGGAUUAUUAAUACAAACAAAUCAAAUAAGCGGAAAAAAAGUGAUUUUAUUAAACGGAAUGGGUGGAUCCCCGAAUUUGUUCAUCAACAACAUAAAAUCGGAUUUAAACGGAGCGAAAAUGAUCGUUUUGCAAAAUUCAUCAAACGCACAAUUUUUCAAUAGAAAUUUAGAAUUUAAAAACACGGGAAGAAUUCCUGGUUUCAUAUUGAUAAAAACAAGUUCAGAAAUGAUUUCUUUGGGUCAUAAACUUUCGGUAACACCCACCAGCUACGUCCUUCAUCCGGAUGCGAAAGUAACAGUUCAAAUAUCGCAAAAAUUAAAAAAUGAAGACAUUCGUCAAUUGUUGUCGGAUAAGGACAUGUGCAAAAUAGCAACACUUCUCGUGGUCAUGGGAGAUGAAGUGAGCAGGUUAAGAAUGAGAAGGUUGAUAAAAAGUGGAAAAGUUGCAGCAAACGAACAUACUAAAAUGUUAGCUUCGCCUUUCGAAAACGAAAAAGAAAUAAAUUUAAAAAAUUUCGAAGAUUCUCAGUCGUUUGGUUAUCAAUUUUUAAAAAGUUUAAGAGUUCUCGAAGCCGCUGUCGUGAUUGAAAGAUCAUCAGAAGUUAUAGAGCCUACAAUUGUGUUGGACGAAGAUGAAACAAUAACGGAUUUUGUAACGAUAUGCAGCAUCGCGGAGAGUAAUGUACCUUCCACGAUGUAA